AUGACCGUGCCGCUGCUGAAGAUCGGCGCCGUGCUCAGCACCAUGGCCAUGGUCACCAACUGGAUGUCCCAGACCCUGCCCUCCCUCGUCGGCCUCAACGGCACCCUCUCCCACGGGGGCACCUCCGAGCGAAGCACUCUCUUCCAGAGCCCUGAUGAAGGCUGGCAGGUCUAUACCUCAGCUCAGGCCCCCGAUGGCAAAUGUCUGUGCACUGCUGUCAUUCCUGUCCAGGGGACCUGUUCAAGGGACCUGCGGAGUCGACAACUCCGGCAACUGAUGGAAAAAGUGCAAAACAUCUCCCAGUCCAUGGAGGUGCUGGAUCUUCGGACCUAUCGGGAUUUGCAAUAUGUCCGUAAUACUGAGUCACUGAUGAAGGGAUUGGACUCCAGGCUGAAAGUGGCCACUGAGAGCCAGAAAAAUCUGAAUGCCAAAAGUUUCCAGGAACUGAAGGACAAAAUGACAGAGUUGAUGCCGCUUACCCUGUGCUGGACCAGAUAAUCAGACACCCCGCACCAUCGUGCAGCUCAAAGAGAAGUGAGGAAUCUUUCGGGGUUGCUGCAGAUCCAGGAAGAAAUGGGUGCCUAUGACUAUGAGGAACCACAGCGUGUGCUGAUCCUAGAGGCCCGCCUCCAUGCUUGUAGGCAGAAGCUAGGAUGUGGAAAGCUCACAGGAGUCAGCAAUCCCAUCACCAUCCGGGCCUCAGGAUCCAGAUUUGGCUCUUGGAUGACGGACACCAUGGUCCCAAGUUCUGACAGCAGAGUUUGGUACAUGGAUGGCUACUACAAAGGCCGCCGUGUUCUGGAAUACCGCACCCUCAAUGACUUCAUCACAGGCCAAAACUUUGUCCAACACCUGCUGCCUCAUCCCUGGGCUGGUACCGGCCAUGUGGUCUUCAAUGGGUCCCUCUACUACAACAAAUACCAGAGCAACAUUGUGGUGAAGUAUCACUUUCGCUCCCGGAGUGUUGCCGUGCAGCGUAGCCUCAACACUGCCGGCUACAACAACACCUUCCCAUACUCCUGGGGUGGCUUCUCCGACAUCGACUUUAUGGUAGAUGAGAAUGGGCUCUGGGCAGUCUACACCACCAAUCAAAACGCUGGCAACAUUGUGGUCAGCAGGAUGGACCCCAUCACACUGGAGAUUCUCCGCAGCUGGGACACUGGCUAUCCCAAACGGAGUGCCGGAGAGUCCUUCAUCAUCUGUGGCACCCUCUAUGUGACCAACUCCCACCUGGCAGGAGCUAAGAUCUAUUUUGCCUACUACACAAACACUUCUAGCUAUGAGUACACGGAUAUUCCCUUCCACAAUCAGUAUUCCCACAUAUCCAUGUUAGACUAUAACCCCCGAGAGAGGGUUCUGUACACCUGGAACAAUGGCCACCAGGUCAUCUACAAUGUGACUCUUUUCCAUGUCAUAAAGACUUCUGGGGAGUUAUAAUACCAUGAGCGGAACUGUCUCAGUUGUCAUUUGGUUCAUUUUUCUCUCUUAUCCUUGUGGGGUGUCUGUGUGGGGUUGGGUUGCACACUGUGGCCUGGGAAAAUUCCGUGAUGCCGUUAUUUCUACAUAAUAAAACAAAGAUCUCUCUCUCUUUCUCUCUUUCUCUUUAACUCUUUCUCUUUUUCACUUUCUCUCUCUCUCUCCUGUGGUUGAUGACGCAUGGAUCUAGUUUGGGCUAUUUUGGGUGGGGAG